CGUGACUCUCCAACUUAUUGCCUUACCUACCACCCUACAGUGCCUGCGGUGCCUGCGUCCCUGCGUCUGCUCCUAUCAGGCUGGCGCGUAUUUCACUGGUUGGUCAAAUCAUUUCAUCCCACCCCAUGUCCACCCUCCCACCUUCAUCACUCACCUCCUCCUCUUUAUACCCUCACAGCCACCUCGGACUCCUACACAUUGACUACUGGGGCAUUCCUCUGUCCGUGGAACCCAAUGUACCCCCCCCUUAGCAUUCGCUCGCUAAUAGAAAUCCAAGGUCAACAAGGGUUGCCUUGACUUGAGUACAGUCCCCGAUCCUUACUCCAAACUUCCUCUCAACCACACCUCCCCCCCAGUGCCCCCUUCAGAAUCCUAGGUCUGUCUACCUACAUGCUUUGCUCACAGCUGAUCAGACACCCCCUUCACGAUUCACUUUGACCGAUACCUACGGAUCUAUUCCGGCAUCAGGCCCUCCGCUCCCUUUCCUCCACCGCCUAAUCAAGAUAUAUCCCUGGCUCCAUCCUGACCCCUUCUGCUAGCAAACCUUGUUGACCGACCAUUCAACCUCACCCCUUCAUUCUUUGACAUUGACAUGUUGUAAAAAGCCUUGUAUUUCUACAUGGCCUCUGCGCUACAAAACAACCACCCAACUCUGUAGUCCAACACCUUCAAUCUGCCUCGCCUACUUCGCUUCGGCCUUCUCCACUGCUACCGACCCUCGCCUUUUACCAAAAUCAUGGCCCAGUCAGCAUUGGGAUCUCGGGCAAAUGACCCUUCCCGCUCCAGUCCGUCUCUCACCAGCACAAAUGCCGUCGCAGGUAUCAAGAGAAAGAGGCCCGCCGAACGCAAGUUCUACGCCGUCAAAGAUGGCAAGAAGCCAGGCAUAUAUGACACUUGGGACCAAUGUCUGAGUCAGGUGAGAGGUCACAAGGGAGCAGUGUUCAAGGCAUUUCCAUCUCUACACGAGGCUCAAGCCUUCAUGGAUGGCAAACUCGUCAAGAGCACCGAUCCCAAUGGAGAGCAAAAGUUCUAUGCCGUCCAGAAUGGACUCGUCCCCGGGGUUUAUACAGCAUGGCAUGAAGCGCAGGCUCAGAUCCGAGGAGUGAGGAAACCCAAACACAAAAAGUUCAAUACGCGAGCAGAGGCCGAAGCUUUUGUUGCUGCUGGUCAGAAAACCAACGGGUUCGGCGAUGCCCAAAACGCCAGCCCGGGGGAAGAAAUUCGACGUCUUAUUGUUCGCAAUUCAGCCCCCGGUCUACACAUGAAUGGUACCUAUUCUCCCAUCGACAAGGAUGGGACUCCCUAUGAAAUUGGCCGUGGCCCCCUUCCUGCCGGUGCGGAAGACGGCUUCGAUCCAAAUAUCAAGCUCUCUGCUGACGGGACUAUCGUCAAUCGUACAGAAGAGGAGAAAGAACGAACAAAGAUUGUGCCCAAGGACCGCGAUCCACCGGGCAUGCUCCGUAUCUAUACAGACGGAUCGAGUUUGAAAAAUGGUCAAGUGGGUGCCAGAGCUGGUGUGGGCGUGUAUUUCGGACCACAAGAUCCAAAGUAUGAUGAUUCUCCACUAUCCCGCAAAUCUCUUGAUCAUCGUAUCUACUUUAUCGACUGGGCGGCGAGAGCACGAGGAUCCACGCCGGGCGAUUCGACUCCCUCUUCCACUGCACCGUCCCCUGAUGCUGUCAAUCAGAAGCAGACACCAAUGCAGCAACAUUUGCGACCGCAAGAACCUAAGCCUGAAACUGAAAAGCUGACCAAUUGGCGUUAUAGAAAUGUAUCGGAAGCUCUCAAGGGCAGUAAACAGACCAACCAACGCGCCGAACUCACCGCCAUCCUUAGGGCCCUGGAAAUCGCCCCUCGACAUCGAGAAGUCACCAUAUACACCGACAGCAAAUACUCGAUCGACUGCGUGACCAACUGGUACAAGAACUGGCAGAGGAGGAAUUGGACCACGGCGGAUAGAAAGCCGGUGGUCAACAAGGACGUUAUUAUGGAGAUUCGAGAGAAGAUCGAGGAGAGGGAGUCGUUGAAGCGAAACACCUAUUUUGUGUGGGUCAAAGGCCAUGCCAAUGAUCCUGGCAACAUCGCGGCAGACCAAUUGGCAGUGGCGGGGGCCAUGUCUGGGAGAGGGAUCCAGGAUGAUAUUGAGCCCUUGACUGAUGUGGAGCCCAGUGAGCACGGAGAGCAUGAAGAUGACGGUAACAGUGCUAUCCGGGCCGACAUGCGACGCGCGGUUGAGUUCGACAGCGAUGACGAGUUUAAAGGAGCAUGACCUGCGUUCCCCCCCCC